CAGCGCGCAGGCUCUGCUCGCCUCCAUCCCUUUCUCCCUGUGGAGACGCCGGCCCCCGCAAUCCCCUCCCCGCCUUCCUGCCCCGGCUGCGCAGCGCAGCGCAGAACCGGCAGCUGCGGCCGGAGCUGGGCCCCGUGCGCUAUGGGGCGCCCCACGUAGCUGCUGCUCAGGGCUCGCCGCCCGCGGGACCAGGCUGCGGGAGAGGCGCUAGCGGGCAAGAAGGGACCUGUUGGAUCAUCUAGUCUGACCUUCAGCACGACACAGCCUACAGAACUUCACCCAGUAAUUUCUCCAUCAAGCCUAUCACUUCUGGAAAGCGAAUCAUUACGUACACAUGCUAACUCAUCGGGACAUGCAGGAAUUAAUCAAACUGGCAAAUUUGUGUGGAAGAUGAAGUUUAUUCCUGCUUGAGACUGUCAUCCUAAAUAGUAAAUGAUAAAAGAAUGUGGGAUAAUCCAAGUCUCCGAUGUCUCCUAGCAAUAGCUUUCUUACAUUUGCUGAGCUUAAUAUAUAGUCAGGAGACAGAUGUUGCAAUGUCAGGUUUUCCAGAAGCACCAGGGAAUUUGAAAUGUAUCACACAUGACUUAAACAGAAUGAUCUGUUCCUGGGAUUCCACCUCCAGUGCAAACCUUGGACUGACCUAUAAGAUUUGUUAUACAAACAGUGAGCCCUUCUCUCCAGUGUGUACUGAAACUGAGGGAAAAAGGGCCGAUCUUCCAGUCGCAAUGGGCUCCACUAACAUACAGAUAACCACACUAAAUGCUUCUGGAACUCCUUUAGCUACUGAAACAUUUGUAUUGCCUGAGGAAAAUGUUUCACUUAUUCCACUCACCCCGCAAAUUCUUAAUCUGAGUGCUGACUUUUCAACUUACACAUUAUAUCUGAAGUGGAACGACAGUGGCUCAGUCUUCCAGCAUGAAUUAGAUGCCAGCUGGCAGAUUCAGAUUCUUUAUAAGGAAACAAUGGAGACAGUGACACUAAUUAAUUAUGAUUCAAAAUUGACAGGCAAAGACUCUAUUCUUUUUUGGAAUUGGACAUCUGACAUACCUUUGGAGUGUACUUCAUACUAUGUGAAAAUCAGAUGUUACAUUAAUGAGCUGUAUUUUACUGGUAGGAAGGAAUGGAGUGAAUGGAGCCCAGUUAGAACAGUUCCUGAAAAAGAUACUAAGCCCAUUAGCGCUAUGGUUUUUCCUCAAGACAAAGUGGUACUAGUGGGCUCAAAUGUGACAUUUUGUUGUUUAUACAAUGAAGGGAAAAGUGUAAAAUUCAUGAACUAUGGAUCAGAAAGUUAUCCACUCCUUCGCCUCAGCAAGUGGAGCAGUGCAAUCAAAGUGCAGAAUGUCAGUGCUUCAAUUCCUAGUGGGACAAAUAUAUUGUGCUCGCUGGUGCCAGAUGAUCUGGAGGGAACAGUAUUAUUUGUAGGAUAUGCUCCUGAUACUCCACAAAACCUGAACUGUGAAACACGCACCUUUAUUACUAUAACGUGUAGCUGGAACCCGGGCAGACCCACAGCACUGUACACGAAACGGCAAACAAAAUAUAUUUUAUUUGAAAGAAUAUCUAGAGAAAAAGUUACAUGCAAAGUAGAUGAAUUGAAUGAGAAACAUCACUGUGACUUUCCAGUGCAUGCCAAUCAGAAAAUCUACAAUUUCACACUAGGUGCUUCCAAUCCUCUUGGUCAGGCAGAAUCAUCGCUCUUAAUUGAUGUAAAUCAAAGAGUUCAUCUGGAAACUCCUGAUAAAUUCACUGUGAGCACUAAUAGUUCAACAAAUGCCCAUCUGUCUUGGUAUAUACCCGGCAACUUUAUUAAAAUCAGACUUUUGUGUCAAAUUGAAAUUAGCAACAGUAAUUCAGAACGACAGCUGAAUGUCUCAAUGGCCGGUGCAGAAAACUCAAAUUACAGAGCUCGGGUGGAUGCAUUACAUCCAUAUGGCACAUACACAUUCAGAGUACGCUGUUCAGCUUCUGAGUAUUUCUGGCGAUGGAGUAAAUGGAGUGAGGGAAAAAAGCUCACAACUUUGGAAGCCCCUCCUGCAAGAGGACCGGAUAUUUGGAGACAGAGAAGUCCUGUCGGAGAAACUCUAACAGUCUUUUGGAAGCCGUUACUUCUUUCUGAAGCAAAUGGAAUAAUACUAUCCCAUGAGGUAUCAUGUUACUUGCAAGAGAGAAUGCUAAAGGCUUAUGAAGUCCCUGUACCCUUGAACAGCACUGAAAUAAAACUUGGGGGAAAUGAUUGUUUAAUCAGUGUUACAGCCAAAAAUCGUGCUGGCUCAUCUCCCCCUUCUAGGAUAACUAGUGUGGAUCUUCCAAGUGACAAUGUCAAAACAGAGCUGGCAAUUGCAACAGGAAAUGGAAUUUACAUUUCUUGGCAUUCUGACCCUAACGUGACCUGUGGCUACACAUUAAAAUGGUGUAUUUCAUCUGGAUCUGAACCGUGUAUUGUGGACUGGGAAAUGUUUCCUUCAAAUGCAAUAGAUGCUGUGAUCAAAUCUGCUCUGUUUCAACCUGGUGUGAGAUACAAUUUUUCUGUAUAUGGCUGCAAACACAAUGGAUAUCAGUUAUUACAGAAUAUAACGGGAUAUAUGAAAGAAUUGCCUCCAAAGGUAGCACCAAAUUUUACUGUAGAAGAAACCUCUUCAGAUUCAAUAUUAGUAAAAUGGGAAGACAUUCCUGUUGAAGACUGCCAGGGGUUUUUAAAGGGAUAUAUUCUUUACUUUGCAAAAGGGGAGAAAGGUUCUUCAAAGACUAGUUUUAUGGAAGAAGGGUCUCCUGAGCUAACAGUUAAGAAUAUUACUGACCUAACGAAAAAGUCUUUGAGAAUACUUGAUCUUCAAGGCAAAACAAGUUACCGCCUGGACUUACGAGCUUAUACCCUUGGUGGAAUAGGCCCAUCGAAAGACCUGUACGUGGUGACAAAGGAGAAUUCCGUGGGGUUGAUCAUUGCCAUUCUCAUCCCAGUGGCUGUAGCUGUUGUGCUUGGAGUGGUGACCAGCAUCCUUUGCUACCAAAAGAGGGAAUGGAUUAAAGAAACGUUCUACCCUGACAUUCCAAAUCCUGAAAACAGUAAGGCAUUGCAAUUUCAGAAGAAUAUAUGUGAGGGGAACACAGCUCUUAAAACCUUGGAAAUGAACCCUUGUACCCCGAAUAGUGUGGAAGUGGUGGAAACACGAUCCACAGUCCUUAAAAUAGAAGACACAGAAAUUAUAUCCCCUGUAGCAGAUAGUGAGCUUCCUGAAGAUGGGUCUGACCCAGGAACAGGAAGCCACGUGGUGGUGUCAUACUGCCCACCAAUCAUUGAGGAGGAGAUCUCUAGUCCACCAAUAGAUGAACCUGUGGGAUCUUCUCAAGUCAUUUAUAUUGACAUUCAAUCAAUGUAUCAGCCUCAAGUUAAUCCAGAGGAAGAGCCCGAAAUUAACUUUGUCACUACAGCAGGCUAUAAGCCACAAAUGCAACUGCCAAUUAAUACUAUGAAAAUGGAGAGUCAUGCACCCACAGAAGAGGACUUAGAUAAAACUGCGGGCUACAGACCUCAAGCAAACACUAAUAUCUGGAAGUUAGACUCUCCAGACUCUCCUGUAUCAAUUCAAAGCAACAAUGAAAAUGGAUCUUUUGGAAGUCCAUGCUCCAUUAAUUCUCGACAGUUUUUGAUCCCCCCAAAGGAUUAUGAAGACUCUCCCACCCCUAAUAACACAGGGUGGUCCUUUACACAUUUUUUUCAGAACAAACCAAAUGAUUAACAAUCAUGGUAAUUGUCAUUUCAAUCUGAACCUGCCAUUCAAUAAGUUCUUGUUCCUAGUGUUGUCAUAUCAGCAUGGGUUAUCCUUGGAGACAGUCAGCAGGGUUUUUUUUUUGUGUGUGUGAGCUGAAUGUUACCACAUUUAAGUUAAAGUGUUAAUGUUCCAUUUUAAUACAGGCUAAAAACUCAAAGUUAUAGAAACACAAUUAUUACACUACGAAGAUAUAGGGGUUUUGAGGUUAGAUCUCCUCGUAAUCCUUGUCAAAGAACUCUGUCUGCUUUCAGGUUGUGUUUUGAGAUCAAUGUGAUCUCAUACAACCUGUUACUUUGAAAGGUGUUCACUUCUGUUGUUAACUGGUGAUUAUAAUGAAUAUUCAGAAUAACUAAAUCCAAAUCAGUUUACAGACCGUCUAGAUGAGGGUGAUGGCGGUAGGUAAACUUUCAGUGUAACAGUUGGAAAUUACAUGCUUAGAUUGGUAGUUAAUUAAAUCUGUUAUGUAGACAUUGAAAUUAGCACUUUAAUCUGUGCAUAGUUAAAGUCCCAUGGGAAAAAUAUCAUAAUAAUUUAACACUUUAUUAAGUGCUAUUCAUGUUUGUUGUUUGAUAACCAGAACACUAGUUUCUGUACCUACUGUACAAUGUUUAUUCAAUAUCUGACUCAGGGGUACAAACGUGGAAAAUGAGUGUAACACUGAUUUAAACCUCAGAAGAACUGCAAAAUGUUUAAACUUCAACAUUAAUUUUUUUAACCUUAAAACACUAUAUUUUGUCUCUUUUGGUUAAGGAGGUAGUAUUUCCUAACAUAUUGCACUAAUGUGUUUUGUAUUUUAAAGUUGCAGCUCCAGAUCUGCUACCUCAAAGAGGUUAAGCAUCUUUUUCUUCUAGAAAGACUAGUUUAGACCAUUAUUAGUCUAGAACUAAAGUGCCGUGAGCAGGCCACCCAAGUGAUUAGUCUCAUUCUUCAACAGCUGUUGGUUGCAUUUAGAGACUGUUCCAUAGAUUGCAUUUAGUAGCACUAGCUGCCUAGGCAGAUUUGCUCCACCAGUGAGAAAGGUUGGUCUUUAUCUGUAAUAGUCCCCACUAGCCAGGAAGACUCUCUGUGGCUAAACCCCAGAAACAUUAUCCACCAAACAGAGCACUUUUUCCAAAUCCUAGGUGGAAACAUAAGGUGGAAUUUCCUUUCAGGCAAAGGGGAUCCAAGGUAAGCUAACGCCACUAAUGGGUUUUAAUAGCUACUCCUCAGCACUGGUCACCCGAUGUAAUGGUCCAUUAUGGCAAGAUUAGCGUUUGUGUGUGGUUUAAAGAAAUGUUAAAAAUCAUCAUCUUUGAGUAUUUCUGCUUUCACACCUGUGUCACAUAAACCUGCUAUAAACAGCUCUAACUGUAAUACGUAAUGUAUAAACAUUUAGAUUGUGACAGAUGCAUCACAAGAACCAAGCCAUUACUUCACUGACUUUGUUUUUUAAAUUUUUUAUAACUUAAAUCUGUUUCCAAUUGUUACGAAAAAAAAAAUGGAGGGUCAUGUGAUACCGCAUUGAAGUAAAACAGUGUGCCCUUAAGCUCUUAGCUAAAUCCUUUUUAGGUCUUGAUUUCAAGCAUUAAUUUGUGGCUCCUCAAAUAAUUAAUUUGCAGAAAUAGCUUUCUAAACCGAGCACUGAGACAACCAGUCCUGCUGAACUUGGUAUCAGACCCCAGCUCUGAAGUAGUCGGAGCAGAUCAGGAAGGCAGGUCUCCAAAACCAAACACAUCCACUGCAUGUGGAACUGUGAUCUGGCCACCCAUCAGACGAAAAUUACCCUAAACCUGAUCACAGCAAUAAAUACUAAGAUUCUGUAUCUGCACCCACUCUUCUUUAUACUUCAGAGGUGGCAUAACUUACC